AUGAGCCGUCCUGGUACCAGUGCGAGCCAGAAGUCGAUCAAUCUCGAGGCACAGCCUGGGUCUGCGACCUCGCAUUCCACCUUUCGAAACGUCUCUGCCUGCAAUCGCUGUAGAAUCCGCAAGAAUCGCUGCGACCAGCGACUUCCGCGCUGUCAGUCCUGCGAGAAGGCAAAGGUUCACUGCGUCGGCUACGACCCUGCUACGAAGCGUGAGAUACCGAGAAGCUAUGUCUUCUUCCUCGAGUCUCGUGUUGCAUAUUUGGAGGCCCUUUUGAAGGAGAAUGGCGUUGCGUUUAGGCCGCCCGAGGCGCACGAAGGAGAAGGAGACGAGCUGCGCCAGGCCGACGUAGCGCGCGCGUCCGCGGCAGCAGCAGCAGCAGGAGGAGGAAGGGAUACAGCGCAUGCAAGGGAAGCUGGGACAAAGGAUAAGCUGCCGUUGAACAACAGCAAUGAAAAUAUACCUGGAAGUGGUGACGCAAGGGUGAAGCGUGAGCCGACCAGUCCUUUAUCAGUGGCAGUGAAGGCAACUACCAGGAGCAACAGCAGCCUGUAUAGCAGUAGGAAAUCAUUGACAGACGAUGCGAACAGACGGAUUGAUAAACUGGUCUCCAGCGUUGGGAUGGUGCCUGUCCAGGGCACUUCAGACCCGAGAUACCUGGGCUCUACCUCCGGCAUUUCCUUUGCUCGAGUGGUUUUUUCCGCCGUGAGAUGCUCGGUGUCGUCCAGUGUCUCUGAACGAGGAUCAAUACGGCCGGGCUCCCGUCGACAGUCGGCUGCUGCCAACGCGAACAAGAAUGGUGGUGAUGGUGCUUCGGGCGGAGGCAUGCACUCGAUGAGAGACUCAUAUUUUGGCUUGCAGACAAAGCCGAUCAUGAAGCAGGCGCCUUUCCCAGACCGCGAGGUUGCCCAGAGGCUGGUCAAUCUAUAUUUUGAAUAUUCAAAUGCUCAGAUCCCUAUCUUGCACCGGGUCGAGUUCAUGGAAGUCUUCGAUCGGGUAUACGCCAUGGAGGAAAAGCAACGCUCGGCUCGGGAUCUUUAUUUCCUGAAUAUCGUCUGUGCUAUCGGAGCGGGUGUCAUUUUCGAUGCUAAAGGGGACAGUGAGUCUACGUCUCAGGAGAUGAAGAACGAAAAUGAUACGCGAAGUCCGUCUCCUUCACCAGCAUACAAACGCAGACGGCUAUCAAAUCAACAGCACCAACCAGAGGAGUACCAUGCCUCGGCUGUUGUUCAUCUGGAGUCGUGCCUGGGAUCUUCUUCAUCUACGGAUGGGUUUGGCGGAGGGUUGGAAGAACUACAAGCUGUCCUGUUGUUAGCCAGCUUUGCCCUGCUUCGGCCAGUUGCCCCUGGGCUCUGGUACAUCGCCGGCGUUGCUGUGCGGCUUGCAAUUGACCUUGGCUUGCAUCAUGAGGACGGGACCGGCGUUGACUCGAUCGACGAAGUUGAAGUUGCGCGUCGUAUGUCUCGCAUGGACAGCAUAGACGAACGCUCGUCCGAACAGGUCAGAGCAAAGCUGAAAGUUGAUCCUCGUGAGAGAGGAAGACGAGAGUUCGUCCGUGACUUCAGACGAAGGCUCUGGUGGUGUGUCUACUCAUUUGACCGGCUGGUCAGUACCUGCGUCGGCCGUCCAUUCGGUAUCACUGACCAGGUCAUCACCACCGAGUUUCCGUCCCUCCUUGAUGACGAAUAUAUCACCAAGGCUGGAUUCGUGGCAGCACCCCCGGGGGCUCCUUCGUACAAGCUGGUUGCUCACCAUUACUUCAAGCUGCGCCUCCUCCAGUCUGAGAUACAGGAAGUCCUUCAACAUCAACAGGCAAUGCUAGCUAGGAAAAAUGGCAGAAAUCGCAACAACUCGUUCAUGCAUACAAAACUUCCUUCUCCUUUCUUGCAGAAGUUCGAUAGCUUCCGUUCCUGGCGAAUAGACAUCCACAGGCGUCUCGACGAAUGGAUACAAUCGUCGCCUAAGGCUCAUGAGAUAGGGGUGCAGUUCUCGCUCCAGUUCUUGGAAUUGAACUAUUGGCAGACUCUUAUAAGUCUGUAUAGGCAGAGCUUGACUGUACCAAAGCCACUGGCCUCGGAGAGAACGCCGACAGAAGAUGUAUCGAGCCCCUCGCUAGCGAGUGUUGAGGAACCGGAAGACGAGGACGAUGUUUAUUUAAUGGUUGCGGAAGCAGGCCAGAAAGUGCUGAGAAUAUACAGACAGUUACACCGUGUGCGGCUCGUUAACUUCACCUAUCUUGCAACUCACCACUUGUUCAUGGCAGGCAUAUCGUUUCUAUAUGCUAUUUGGCAUUCGCCUGCCGUGAGGAGUAGGCUUACCCUCGAUGACGUUGACUUCACUGUCCUUGCCGCAACAUCUGUGCUAAAAGAUUUGAUAGAGAAAUGCCCACCUGCUGAAGCAUGUCGGGAUGCAUUUGAGCGGAUGAGCAAAGCAACCGUUCAAAUGGGAUUAUCGACCACUGGCUUUGGCCAGCAAGUAGGUGCUGGUGAACGGCUUUCUACUCACAGCCUCAGCGCUCAAUCACGGCCACAACAUCAGAAUCACAAUCAAAAUUCCGAUGGGCAAUACUUCUACAACACACCUGUCUACAAGCCUCAUCCUCAACACCCGUACUUCCAUGGCCCCAGGUUCUCUCGAACUCUGGAUCCAAUCCCAGAACAGCCCGCAGGCCCCCGUCCUGCUGAACCCAGCACAGACAACCGCUUUAGCAUCAACAAUUUUCUGUCAAACCCCGUCGAUUCGUCUCGGACUGGAAAGACACAAUCUUCCUCGCCCCCACAAUUCCAUGACCACCGCGAUAUACCCAGCCGAGCUGCUUCUACCACUCCUGAAAAACGGUCACCAAAAUCCGCCUCAUGCCAGCUAGAAGAGCCUUUCACACCUAGCCAGUUUAACAGCCAGCUACAAGCUGCAUCUCAACGCCAGCAGCAGCAGCAGCAGCAGCAGCAGCAACUACCACCACCACCAUCACACCACCCACCUACGCAUAAUUACACAUAUACCGACCCCUUUGCGAACCGUACUCCGCAGCCCAAUCCUCACCAGCAUCAGUUCCACUCCCCACAGGCCACUAGCCAAGCAGGAACACAGUUCUACGUCUCUGGACUUGACCUUCUGAACAGCCCUUCUCGUCCGUAUACUUCGGACAGCCAGGUAGUCUACACCAGUGGCGAGGGAAUAGACAUCGACUUAUCCAGUCUUCCGCUUUACUCACCUGAUAGCACCCACGGCGCUAUGACAGGAAACAGUGCCCUCGACCUAGGUUUCGGAGUAGGCACGGCCGUUGAUUUCCAGCAUGACUGGAGCGAGAAUACCGGCUUCGACCUGUUUGACGGCCUAUUUUUCGGUGGGGGAGGGUGA